UUUAACAAUUUCAUUUGUUCGACGCACGAGAAAGCGUUAAGUAGUCUCGGGCUCGGUUUGAACGGGUCUCAAAGCGUUUAAGGUGUGAAGUUCUAAAUCAUCGAGAAAAGUGCAAAGGAACCCCAUUAAACCAUAGAACCCUACACAAAACAUGUCAUCCCUACUACGCAUAUCACCAACUCGGGUGACAUUACUCCUACUCUGCCUACUUUGCUUGCAAAGCACAACGCAAAGUUGGGAGUUUUUUCGGCGGCUGCGACAAAAGAAAACAGAUAAAAUUUGGGCACGCCUCAUUGGACAGAAGACUUUGGAUGAUGUGCACGAAGCGCUGAAAGGUAAUAUGCUCAUUACUGAUUUGGAUCGUAAUAUGCGUCAUUUAUUCGUCAACAUACGACGCUAUGGCAUGGAACGCGCCGAUAUGAAUCAAAUAUUCGAAAAGAAUCGUGCUGAGGGCAAAAUGCAACCGGUCAUACCGCCAACGGAACCUUUCCCGUGUGAUAUUAGCUAUGCACGUUCCACAUUUCCACCGACAUCGGUGCAUGAAUUGCGACCGGGCGAUAUCGAUGUGAUUGCCUCCAUUGGGGACUCACUGUCCGCUGGCAAUGGCAUUAUGUCGGAUCGUGUGCUGCAUAUUUUAAAUGAAUUUCGUGCAUUCUCUUUCUCUGGCGGUGGUUAUGGCGAUUGGCGCUCAUAUCUGACGUUACCCAACAUUUUGCGUGUCUUCAAUCCGAAUCUCUAUGGUUACUCAACCGAAAAUGAGCUGGUGGUGGACAGCACUUCACGUCUGAAUAUCGCCGAACCGAUGAUCAUGUCACGCGAUCUGCCAUUUCAAGCGCGCGUACUCAUCGAUCGUAUGCGUCAAGAUCCCAAUGUUGAUAUGGAGAAUCAUUGGAAAUUACUCACCAUUUUUGUGGGCAACAAUGAUGUGUGCUCGGAUAUGUGUCAUCAUGAUAAUGCAACAGAGUUUGUACAUCGUCAUGAACUCGAUAUGCGUGAGACGCUCACUUUGUUGCGUGAUAAUGUGCCACGCCUACUGAUCAAUCUGGUGCCAGUGCCGAAUAUGGUAAUCACACUGUAUCCAAUGCAAAAGGUACCGUUUGGCUGUUUUGCUGUACAUCAUAUCGGUUGCCAUUGUAUAUUCAGUCAUUCCGUCGGCGAAAAGGAAUUACACGAAGCGUACGAUCGCAUCACAAAGUGGCACGAAGCUGAUCAGUAUGUUAUUAAGUUGCCAGAAUUUCAAACGAAUGACUUUGCCGUCGUCUAUCAACCCUUUACCGCGCAUGUGACACCACCAAGACUUGAAAAUGGUGAAAUAGAUUUUCGUUACUUCGCCAGCGAUUGCUUCCACUUCAGUCAGUUAGGACAUGCCUCCAUGGCGAAUACUUUAUGGAAUAGCAUGCUGCAACCUUUGGGUAAAAAGCAACUGAAUAUGGUGCCGGCGUUCCGCCAUUUUGAGUGUCCCACCGAGGAGCGGCCGUACAUUGCAACCUUUUACAACAGUUUUGAGCGAAAGUGAAGCUAUUUCAAUGGAGAAAUGCUGUUUGAGUUCUUUGUUGAGUUUUUUUAUUUUUUAAGCUUUUUUUGGACAAAAUUAUAAAAAUUAUUUGAAAAAUGCGACACUAUUGUUUAAGUAAUGGUGUGAAUAAAGUAGAGAAUAAACUUU